UUCAAGUCAUAAGAUUUGGCAACACAGUGACAAAACUCAUUGUUGAUGUGCUAGUUGAUAAAUGCAGAUAAAAUAUUAUUAUGUUACCAUUAUUUCCUGAUAAAAAAUCAAACUCUCGUGUCACAUUAGGAUGUGGUAUUGUGGAAAAUGACGUGUUUGUAAUAAUAGGAUUAACUAUUUUGAAGAGCGUGUUAAAAUGGAAAUUGACGAGCCCGUAUAUCAGGGCUUUCUACUGUUACCCCCAAGUGGAAAAAUUCUGAAGAAGUCUUGGCAGAAAAAGUAUUGUCUCUUAUACAAAUCAAGCCAAUUUGGUAUAAAUCGAAUAGAAAUAUAUGAUAAUGAAGCACAGACUGGACAACCAAAAAUCAUAACUUUAGAAAAUGUAAUAAAAAUAACCCCAAAAAUGCCUAACAUAUUCAGCAUUUUAACUAAAGCAGCCGAAUACGAAUUUGGCACUAUAGAAGAUCAAAUUGAAGAAGUAUUUAAUGACUGGUUCCGUGCAGUACAAAUGGUUGCCUUUCCCAAUGAAACCACUCAAAUAUCAGGCAUCGAAGAAAAUAACGAUCUUUACUGCUCAACUGAUGAAGGUGUUUUUUAUGUGAAAUUGGUCCCUACUGAUGCCUCCAAUAGGUGUAAACUAGCAACUAAAAACUAUACUUUAGUAAUAACACCAACAGCCUUACAGCUUAGGAACGAAGGGGAUAACAAAUUGUUAUAUGCUUGGCCAUAUUGUUAUAUUAGGAGAUAUGGAUAUAAGAAUAAAAUAUUUAAUUUUGAAGCUGGAAGAAAAUGUGCUAGUGGGGAGGGUACUUUUCUACUAGAGCAUCCACAUCAACAAGAUAUUUACAGAUGUUUGACUUCAAAAAUGAAAUCUAUGAAGAAACUUCUUAAUGCAGAAUCAAAAUCCUCCCUUUUAGACUGCGGCGAUGUUCAGUUUCAUGCUGCAUUAGGCAUGGAACCUAGAUCAAGAAGCCCGCUACCAGCUUCACCUGCUACAUUGUCUUUGAGAUCUGGGCUCAAUUCCUUUCAGGAAACCAUGUGUCCCACCACUUCUUCCCUAGGACUUUCUGGAUUGGAAAGUGUCAGUGGAGGAAAAUCUGGACCUAAAAAACCUCCAAGAAAAUCCAUAUCACCAAAAUCUCCCAUGUCAGUAGUUGCUGCUCAUGAUGAUCAUCAUUACCAAGACGUUGGCGUUGGAGAUUUAAAGGUACGUAAAUAUGAUACCGUGGAAAAACGACGAGAAGCCUGGAGAACUAUGGGUGUCGAAACACCCAGUCAUACAGAACAAGUUAAUGAGGAAGAUGACUAUAUUUCUUGUGGUGGUAAUAAUCUGGCUAAAUCAACAAGUGAACUUAGGCUUACUGAAAAUGAAUCGGGUGAAAAGGACCAAGCCCCAACUGUGAUAACCGAACCUAGUAUUUCUUUAGAUGGUCAAUAUUAUGACCAUUUAAACUUUUUUGGCUCAUCAAGUAGACUUAACGUUAGCUCAGGAUAUAAACAAGUAUUACCCCCACCUCUACCUCCAGCAGUUACAGUUCCAUCGGUUAACCAUUACGAUGAGGUUCAGUGUAUAGAACCUGCAAGAUCUGCCAAUGAUUCUCAUUUAGGAUAUGCCCAAAUUAGAAAAAGUCCAACUUCUGGUGCCCUAAAAGAAGUUGGGAAUAAAGAGGAGUCGAUUAAAUCAUCACUGUUAAAAGACUUGAAACAAAGAAUUCCACAUCAUUUUCAAAAUGAGGCACAAUAUGCACUUGUAAGUAAACCAAAACGGGUCUAGUCUGUAGUAACAGUUUGUAAAAAGGUGCCUAAAAUUAAAUUUGAUACGCUUGAGAGUGGUCUAAAAUAAUUUUCCAAAGGAUGGGAAAUUUGGAGUUUUUCUGUGAUAUUUCAUUAACAUCACCAAAUUAUUUUUAAGUAAUAUUCUUACUAACUGUUCUUUUUAACAAUUCCACUCUGUAUUAAAGCCAUAUAAACAAGUAAGAUAAAACUAUCUAUAUAUGUUCCAAUCUUAGUAUUUGUAUAUCUCUUAAAUUAUAUAGAUAAUACUGGAUUAUUUAUCCAUUUUAUAACUAGCUGUUCUAGACUCACUUUUUCUUGAUUAAAUUAUAAUCCAAAUAAGAAUUGAAAAAAGGCUUAAAUAUUAAAUUUCAAUCUGUGUAUUACAAUUUACCUCUAAACUACUCAUCUCCACUAAAUAUAAAUAUAAAUUUUUCUCACAUAGAAAAUAAGUUUAUAAUGUAACCCUUACAAUUACAUAAUAUACUUAACUCUUCUGAAAUGUUAAAAUAUCUAUCUACUUAAGCAAAUUGUGAAAAUUUUAAUCGACUGUACAUAGUUAUUUGUAAGUCUAUGUCUAUGUACAUAUUUUGUACCUAUUGUGGCCAUAUAAGCAUCUUAGGAAUAACAGUAUUUUUUCAAAUAUGAUUUAGUAUAAAAAUACAUUAAAAUCAAACUUAUAUUUUAUUCAAAUGGUAAUAUAUAGUUUGAACAAGU